UGAGACAGUCCCUUCGAAUUGGGGCAGCACUAGUGAGCUACACGGCCAUUAAGGGUCCAACUUGUGUUUCAUGGAAAUCUUCCAGGAAGGAGUCUGCCGCUGUGCAGUGGGUAGUAUCAGGCCAGACUUUGCAUCUUUGAGAUGACGGAUUGGUAUUCGAUCAGAGCGCACAAGGUCCGGUGGUGAUGGAUGCAGCAAAGGCGAUUGAUGCACAAUCUGGGGGGUUUGCGGGGCCUGAUCAUAAACAAAUAGCACCUGACUCAAAAGAAGCAAGCACUGGAGAGAUAGGCAAGAAGAGUCUCGUGGAAAGCUCCGCAUGGAAGAGACAUGAUGACCAGGGCCCAGAGCAGCGGAGAGCGGCCGCUAACUCAGUUGUAGUAAGGCCGCCACUCGCGGUUGCUUCAAUCUUCCUGAGCAAGGAGCAGCGCCGGAGGCGAAAGGAGGAAUCGCAGGUGGUGGCAGAUGUUGAUGGGCAACCUGAGUUUGAUAAAGGAGAAGGAGCGCCUGCGAAGGAAGGGACGCCGUGCAGGGAGGAUCUAACUUACAACCAAAUGGAGACAGUGAAUGAAAUGAGAGCACUCAAAGCAGCUGCAGUGGUCAAAGCAGGAGAUGGGGAUCCUUCUUCGAAACUGGCGCCGCUCUUUCUUCCGAAAAAGACUCGAGUCCCAAAGGAGAAGUCUUUCUCCAAGUCGCAGGGGACACAGGAAAACCCUGCGAAUGCGGGGCCGCUCGGCGCAGGGAAGGGGUCAAAGAGGAAGAGGGUUGAGAAGGGAGAAGCGGUGCUUGUUGGGCUGGAGAACAAGGAGCCCCCCCGGAACUACGGAGAGGUUGAAAGGGAGCUGCAGAUUGGGAGCUUGAAACUGCCGAGUAAUCAAACUGUGGACGCCAAACUAGGAGGGGUUGCUGAGCCGGAUGGUCGGGGGGGGCUUCUACAAUCUGAGACCGUUUUUGUAGGCGGGGUGAAGAGCAAGAUGGAGACGGUGGUUGUUGGAAACAUACAGGAUAUGGGAGGGUAUGUGCAAGAGGAGAAGCCCUUGAACGCGGCAGGAGAGGAGGGGAUUCUAGAAGAUGCAGCGGCAGAGAAGUCGACAGGGAAGGAAGCCAGCAGGAGGGAAGGAUCAGCAGGGGUGAUCGAAGGAGUUCGGGCAGCUGAGCCCCUGACGCCAGCGAAACGGAAGCGUGGGAGGUCCAGAAAAGCCACCCUGAGCGAGGCCCCGAAUAGGGGAAAGGGCGCCUCUGAAAGGCUGGGAAGGGGCAAAUGUGAUGCUGCAGCUCUAAGCAAGGAUGCGAAAUCGCAAGGGCAAGCCGACGAGGAACAGGCAGAGCCAGUUUCUUUUCAGCGACAAGUGGAAGCUGACCCCGACAGCGAAAUGCGCCCUCCUAUGACCGAGACACAAUUGCCUUCUCAAAGUGCCUCCUUUGAGAAGCAGGAGAAUCAAGGCGGACUUGCUGGCGGCAUGCAACAGGUUGAGAAGCAGCUUUCUUCUGCACUGCUGCAAGGCGCCGGCCCGAGCGCCAAGGCUGCAGUAGAUGCCGGUACUCAGCAGACUGUGAUGAAAGUGCCGGACAUCUUCCUAACAGCCAACGAGCGCAAGCGGCGCCUUCAGGAGGCCAAGAAGGAGGAGAAGAGGUUCCAAGAGGAGGCCGCCGCCGCCGCCGAACAAGCAAAGCUUGAGAAAGAGGCCCUUCUUGUAAAGGCCAAAGAAGACAAGAAGCGGGAGACUGAGGAGAAGCGGCAGCGGGCCCGGGAGGAGAAAGCAAAGCAGGCUGACGAGAAGAAGCGCUUAGCUAGGGAAGAACGGGCCAAGGGGGCAGAAGAGAGGAAGCUGAAGGCUAGCAAGGAGAAGAGACGGGGUGCCUCAAGUGCGGAGGGUGUAAGCGAGAUGGAGAAUGGGCAUGAUGCAAGCGCUGAAGCUGCAGAAGGGGGCACGCCAGCUAAGAAGAAGAGGGGACGAGUUCGGAAGGCAAAGAUGGAGACGGGACAUGGGACGGAAGUUGUGGUGGUGCUGAGUGGGAGUGAGAGGGAAGAGACGCAGAAGCCGCCAAGCCUGCUAGACACCAUGCGCAAAAGGCAAGAGGAUCUGAGGGCGUCGAUCAGGGAGAGCCAAGAGGCCCACGCCAAGCUGAAUGCCGGCAAGGCCACCCACCCCUUCUUCAAGCGGAAGCAGGGACCGCCGGCGGAUGACGUCACACCUGCGUCAACAGAGGCAGCGCCAGCUAAGGAGUCAAAGCCCUCCCUUGCACCACUGGACCCAUUUCACGUCACCCAACGUCACGAGGAGGACGCGCCUCCUCUGCCGUGGCCCGAGCGCCAGUUGCAAUCGCCCGCAGCGUCUCCGUCCAACGCUCGCUUAGAAACGCACGCUCCAGUUAGGCUUCUGGAACCAGCCCACCCCUCAACCAGCCGAUCAAGGGUGCCAGGCUGUGAGACCCAGCUGAAUCUUGCGCAGCGACAGGACAGGGCACUUGGGGCCCUUCUUGAUUUCAUACAGGCGAAGAGUCAUGGCGAGGACUCGGGGGAUGCGUCCGAAGCCGUCCGGCAACUGACCACCGAGGAGGCGCUGAGACGGAGAUUUGAGUGGUACAAGGCGCGAGCAGUUCAGGCGCAGCCAGACGAGGCAGAGCUCGGCCCUGAGAGCGUCAGCCCGGACGUCAGCGGAGCGCCCCUGACGGAUGCGCUGUGGUGUUACAAGUACCGGCCUUUGUCAAGCCAAGAGGUCUGCGGGAACCCCGACGGUGUGACCUUCAUCCGCGACUGGCUCGCCGAAUGGACGGCCAGGAUUGCGCGCGAGCAGAGGAAGAAGCUGCUGACGUCACCGCCGCCCCCGAAGCCCAAGGCGUCCGCCAAGAAGUGGCAGGCGUCGGAGGAGAGCAGCGACUGGCUCGUCAGCGGAGGGGCGAGCGACAGCGAUCUGAGGGACGAUGAGGAUGGGCUCGCGAACGUGCUCCUCUUGAGCGGACCCACAGGGGUCGGAAAAACGGCAACUGUGUACGCACUGGCUGAGGAGCUCGAGUUCCACAUUUUGGAGAGCAACCCGUCCGAGAAGCGCAGCCGAGCCACCAUCCUGCAACGCUUCGGAGAGGCCACAGAGUCGAAGGGACUCAUAAAAGGGAACGUUGCACUUGCGGGGAAGACUGACCCCGCCAAAAUUUCAAACGCGCUCCUCGAGACCUUGCGCAAGUCCGCCACCGCAACGGCCGUUGCUCGCCAGCCCAAGGCGGCGACUGCGAAGAGGAACACCAGAAAGCGGCCGAACGUCACUGGCGGUCCUUUUGCCGCUAGCAACGGAAGAGCAGGGUUAAGCGACUCGGAGGUCAGCGCAUUUGUGGGUUCGGAAAGCAGCGGUAGUUUUGGUGCACGGGGGAAGGGUCGCAAGCGUCGAAGAAAAGGGAAGUUUGCCCAGAAUGCGACCGGUGGAGAGAACCCGGUGGUCGAUGCUGAGCCGCAAUUUCAAACCGGGAGGGUUGAGGAGGCGGCGAAUGGAACGGAAGCCGGGGUUGGGGAGUUGGGGGGAGCGAAGCGGCCGCGCAAACGGCGGAAGACGGUCGCUUUUGUGGGGCUUGGGAAGAGCGAGUCCGAGGGAAUUGCAGAGGCCCCUGAGCAGACGUCCCAAGGGAGACACGUGGCAGCCCAGCGGGCGGCUGAAGGUGGACACGUGGUAGCAGAUGGGACUCUGGAAGAUGCUGACGUGGCGGGGGCACCCGCAGCAGAAGGCGCAAGUCCAAAUGGGACGAGAGACGCGGGGCCUGACGGGGGCGGAAGCAAUGUUCCGGCAACCGGCGUCGAGCGGGGGAUCCCUGUGCCAAUGAGUGGAGAUGGGGGACUGGCGAAGGAACAACUAGAGGAGGCUUCAGCGGAGCCGAAUGAGGAGCGAGAUGUGCCGAAAGGAGAGAAAGCCGCAGCGGAGUCUGGAGCGUUUCCUCCGGCGUAUCAGCGUAGGCAAAGAGGAGAGACGGGUAAGGAGAGUGCGCCAGGGGGCAAAGUUGCCGGGGCGUCGGUAUUUGCAGAUAGGCUGGCAGACGGGGCUAUAGGCGAUGAGGUUAAGAGAGGAGGCAGGCAGGUAGCAAAUGUCACGACGGCCGCGGAUGAUAGACCCGGAAUGGCAGAGGAAUCGGAAAUUGCUGGGCACACCGGCAACGAUGCGAUCGAAGCGGAGCCGAUAGCCGCUGGUAUCUCCGCUGGUGUCCCUACGGAUUCCGACGGGCGGAAGCGGAAACCGGACGGCGUCCGAAGGAGAAGAAGCGGGAAGCUCUCGGAAGGGUCGCCCCCCGUGAAGAAGCGCCGCAGCUUCGGGAGCCCGGCGGUGCUGUCGAAGGUCCGCACAAGGCCCUGCUCGCCAGACGGAGAACAGGGCCCUCUGAGCGUCGUUCCGGGAGGCCCUGUUUUGGUCGAGAUUGACACGGCCGAAAAAGGGCCCGUGCGAAAGAGGGUUGGGAAGAGGCGAUCGAGCAUGGACAAAGGAGCGAAGGGCACGGCUGCAAUAAAAGGAGGAGGCCCUGUUCCGGCGGGGGUUAACGCAGAUGUGGGGGGAAAGGGCCCGUCGAAAGGGGGAUCCGGCAGCAGCAAGGCUUUGUUGCUGUUCGAGGAGGUGGAGCAGCAGUUUGAGGAGGACAAGGGGUUCCUGUCGGCGAUUGCCACGCUGGCGGCGAGCACGAAGCGGCCGAUGAUCCUCACGUGCAAUGACUCGCUUGAGAUCCCUCCCGGAUGUGACUUCCGCAAGCUCUCCGUCGACUUCGCUGCGCCGCCGGUGUUGGAUCUGACGGUGCACGGCUGCCUGGUCGCGGCCUCCGAAGGCUCUCCGGUCGACCCCUGGGUUAUGGAGCGGUUAGUCCGCGUAACCAAAGGCGACAUGCGCAAGGUGCUCCUCCAAGCGCAGCUGUGGUCCCGGGAGCCGACGCCGACGGACGUGCACGCGACAGCGGCGCUCCCAGAUCCCCCCGUUGGUGGAACUGCCAAAAGAGAUGCGUCGGCGGGCGUUCACAGAAGGACGGAUGAACUCAAGAGCGUUGCGGAAGCUCCAAAACGGACGGUCGGGGUUGCAAGCAUGGGGUUGGAGGCCCAAACGGCGGUCCAGAGAGUGGGCAGCUCGAGCGAAAACGGUCAUCCUGAGCGGGACACGUGUCCACGACCUACGCAUCCGCGUAGUCUGUGGCCGACGAGUACGGUCCGUGAGCUGCAACUAGACGCGGGGCACCGGUCCCUGCCCGCGCUCGCUGACGUGGCACUGCCCUGCCAGCUGGCGGCCGCCGUUGACGCCCACCAAACCCUCCAAACCCUGCGGGCGGCGCAAGUCGCGGAACGGGCGGCCGCCGUUCUGGCGGCGAGGGUUUACGGGGUUUUGGACGCUGAAGAGGCGUCUGCGGCGCGCAUCCGGAAAGAGAUUCAGGAGGCGAAAGCGGCGGCAAAAGCCACGGAGAAGGCGGAGGUAGCGGAGAGGCGGCGGCUUGCGCGGGAGGCCAAGCGGGCUGCGCGAAGGUCAGCAGAAACGGAGAACGAGGUUGGGGAAAUUUUCGGAGACGGGGCGUUGCUCGACGAUCUGGAGGACGUUCCGAUUGGGAGGCUGUCGUUUUGCGGUAACGAGGCUGGGGUUCUAUUGGAAAAUACACACGUGCCUGGGGCGCGGAAGGGGCGCAGGGGCCGCCGGCGGGCGAUCGAGGAGGACGAUGACGUCAGCGGAGGGCCCUGUGACGUCACGCCGGCGGACGGUCCAGCUCCGGAGCCUGAGGCGAUUACCGGACGUACGGAGAGUUUAGCUCAAGCUUUGGAAGAGUCUCAGGUCGAUCAAGCUUGCGGGGUCUGCGGCAGCACAGAUGGGGAAGACGCGAUGCUGCUGUGUGAUGGGGGGGGGUGCCAGGGGGCCCUCCACAUGUACUGCGCGGACCCCCCCUUGGCGGAGGUCCCGGAGGGGGACUGGUUCUGUGCCGAUUGUUUGGAGGGAAGGGAGGACGAAGUUAGGCGGAGCGUUGCUGGAAGAGGGGCGCCAGAAGGGCCGCCAAAAGAGGGAAUGGAAGUGAAUUUUGCGGGAAGAGGUAGAGAAGGAGAGGCGCGGCUUGGGGGUGGUCCGAGAGGAGAGGAGGAACCAGACGGUGGGGACGAGCAGACGAGGGCAGAAGGAGGGCCGGUGAAAGAGCCGUCUGCAGGAGGGAAAGGGAAAGAAGAGCGAUCUGCGGAAAGGGGAGACGUAGGGAAGCGGCUGGCGAGCAAGUGGAAGAAAGAGGAGCAGUUGCCGGGGGACCCAGUGGAUGUGUCCAUUAUGAGCGCCGCAAAAGGAGACGAAACUCCCAGGGGAGAGCGAGAGCCAGGAGAAACAGGGGGGCCUGACGUACGGGUAGAGAUGCCGGGACCCGAAGAUGAGGCGCGAAGCGGGCGAGCAGGGACUGGGCCGACGGAGGGGCACCCGGGUAUUGAGGAGGAAUUGCGGGAGGGCCUCAUUGAGCAGACAGCACCACAAAACAGGCAGGGGGGUAAAUCCGACGGAGGGGCAGAAGGGGCAAGAGUCGGUGCAUCUGGAGGGGGAUCUUCGAUCAAAGUCGAGUGUCCGGUCGAACGGUGCUCCCAGCCGAAGGGCGUUGCUGCCGUAAUCGUGGGGGGCGUGCGGGUUGCUGCGGCGAGGGAUGCUCUUCCGCCGGAACCGCAGGCGUCGAGAAACGCCGGCGGGCUGAUUUGGCAAGCCGAAUGUAACCAGCCUGUUGCGGAUUGUGCUCCUUCCGAUGCGCCGGUUGAUGCAGCCGAAGCUAGCGUCGGAGUCGCGGGCGCGAGCGAAGCGCCGCCGGCAAAGUCCGAAAUGCCCAGUGAUCCUGACUAUCCGUCUUUAGCUGAGCAGCGACUGGCGGAGAUCGAGCCACUUCGACGAGACGAGAUGCGCGUGCUGGUGUCAGCAGAGUCUCGAGAGGCGGUAACAACCGCCGCUGCCGUAUGGGGCCUGGCAGACGACUUAUCGGCCAGCGAGCUCAUGUCCCAGUCCGGGGGGGGUGAAACUGCAGCGGACGCCCCCCCCUGCGACGAGCUGGAUCUCGGGGUGCCUCGGCAGGCAGCGGCCUGCCUGGCUUACGCGAGCCUACGCUGGAAAUUGGACACGUGUCACGGUGCAGUUGGUCCAAAAGGGGGCGCUUCUGACGUGGAGUUGAACAGCAUCGUGACUGUACCCGGGGCGAAGAGCGAGGGAGAACUAGAGCCGGGGGGCCGGCAGCUGUUGGCCGCAGCAGGUGACGAGGCGGCGCUGUGCGGCUUCCUAUCGGGAAGAGGGGGGGCCGGGGAGCGCGCGUGGCUGCGUUUGCGCACGGGAGCAACCGCGGAGCAGCAAAAGCUAGAAAGGAGAACCGUCGAUGAUAGUUUGCGGGAGUUUUCUCACCGCGAGGCAGCGGCGCGGCGCAUUGCGGGCCUCAACUGUCAGAUGGCACAUGUUGAGUACUCAGGCUUUCUUGGAAAGAUGCUCACUCUUGAGGCGGAGAGACAGCAUAGCGAAGAGGGUCUGCGAAGGAGUGACAGGGCAGUCCGCCCGCACCUCUUAGACGUAGACCUCUCAGACGAGUUGGCGAGAGCUCUGAUGCACAGAACAUGCUACGGCGUACGUUUUGGAAGUCAUGAGUGGGACGAGGUUUAAAGUCCUGUGAUGCAAAAGAUUCGAGCAACUUCCUGCGCUGUGAUGACCAUUCAACAUGAAUAUCUGUC